GCGCCCGCAGUGUGGAUCAGCUGGCCCGGGAUGGCAGCGUGGAUGUUAUCCCCGCACCGCCGGGUCCUAUGGCCCUGUUCCUCUCCGUCCUGCCCGCCCCAGUCCACCAUCCACACCCACUGCCCCGCAUGUGGGCAGGCGACGAGGGUCAUUUCCAGCCACGGCGUCUCUGUUCUCGCUCUCCGUCCGCAGGGCCUCCUCGGCCUCCUUCCGCUCUGCCAUGCGCGUCGCUGUAGUCCAGUUCGCACCCAAGAUCGGGCGAGUACAGGAGAAUCUCGAGACUGCUCAGACGCUAUGUGCGCAGUUGGCACCCCGUUCCGUCGACUUGGUAUGCCUGCCAGAGAUGAUCUUUACUGGAUACGUCUUCCCCGAUGCCAAGUCGAUUACCCCGCACUUGGAGGAACCGGGCACAGGGCCUACAUCCCGCUUCUGCGCUGAGCUAGCGAAACGACUGCGCUGUCAUGUAGCAGCCGGAUACCCCGAACGUCUUGCCCCGGAGGAGGCGAAGGCGAUACUGACACAAGAGCACGAAGGCAACGAGGUUCAGGCAGUUGGUGCCAACAGCGCCGUGCUCUACGGGCCCGACGGUCAACUAGUCGGCACCUACCGCAAGACCAGCCUCUUCACGACAGACAUGACCUGGGCCGUCCCAGGAACCGGCUUCGUCACAUUCGACCUCCCCCCUCCGUUGGGCACCGUCACCCUCGCGAUCUGCAUGGAUCUCAAUCCUUUCCCGCCAUUCCAGUGGAACCUGGACGAGGGGCCCUACGAGCUCGCGACACACUGCAUCGACACGAGGUCCAACCUCCUCAUCCUGUUGAAUGCUUGGCUGGACUCGGGCAACGAGGAGGACGAAGACAUGGACUGGCAAACGAUGAACUACUGGGCCGCGCGAUUGCGGCCGCUGUGGGUCAAGCCGCUCCUCAAUGGGCACGGUGACCACACGAGAGACAGCCACGCGCAACCUGGCGAAGAUACCGUCGUCAUUGUGUGCAAUCGCUGCGGCGAAGAGAACGACAAGACAUUCGCAGGCUCGUCGUCGCUCUUCAGCAUGAGACGACACUCCGGGAAGCCAAAGCUUCUAGCGGCCAUGGGCCGACAAGAGGAAGGGGUCGCCGUUUGGACGGUCCCGGGUCGCUAGCACAAAACCAAACAUACCACCGAUUUCGUUCCGUCAUUAGAGGGGCUAUGUAUAUACACGCAGUACUAUACAAACUAUGGGGGAAUGUGCAGGGUUCCAGUCCGAAUCU